GAAAACUCUGCGACGCACCUCGGAUUAGGUAGUGGGAAUCUCGAAUAAGUAACAGACGUAUCUUUUAAACAUAAAUAGCCCUGUUUAGAUGACCUAAACACAGACACACAAAAACACACAAAAGCUCAGAUUAGCAUUAUUAAUAUGAAUAUUAUUAUUGAUCGUAAAUUGACUUGAACGCCGGAAUCCUUUUUGGAGGUUCUCCAUGCUGCCCCGACGAGAAAGAAAUCAAGGCGCAGUACAUAAGAGAAGAACGCCUCCAGUGCUCUCCGAGCUGUGACCGGUCUAUACCUGGGAACCUCGUUCGAGACAGAAACAUAAUACAUUAUUGAUCAAUAAAAAGACUUGAACAUAGCAUACACUGAGCUCACACAUCACGUGAACAGUUACAAAACGGGAAGGGCGAGUGUGAAAGGAGGGAGCGGUCGCGCCAUAACAAAUUCGCAACGAACUCAUCAUCAAACAAAUUCCCGCUUCUUCUGAUUCUCCUUCUCUGAUUCAAUUCUUCAAUGGCACAAGAGGCAGCAUUGAUGGCCAUGGAGUCUCAGGUGAACAACGCCAGCUCCACGAAAAAGCGAUCAGUGAGGAAUGACAAGCUUCUCCUCGACGAUUACAUCCAUUUCCUUCGCUCUCGCCAUUCCCUCGACCUCACAAUGUGUCAACUCAAUCAGAUCAUUCGCAUUCACGGCUUCAAGAAGAUACACCACGCUCCCAAGAAGGUGUUGGUGGACGCGGUGAACUCGCUCGAUCUCGUGAACCUAUCGCGCUCCACGCUCCACAGUAGCGUCGUCUCAGCGUUCGCGGUUCUUACGGUGGAGGACGCCAUUGCCGAUCUCAACGAGCUCAACUGGCAAGAGUGCUGCGUCACUUCGUUGGAGAAACUCUGCAGCAGCAACAACAACCACAAAUUCCUCUUUCCUCCUUCAUCCUCCGAUCCUCACCAUAGCCGCCUCCAGUUCGCGAACCACUUGCAGGUUGCGCCAAAAAGGAAGAUCAGUGGCAGCGGUGACGGCGACGAAACGUGCUGCGGCGGCAGAGAACUCAUCUCCGAGGCUUUUCGCAGCGGCAUGCGACCGGCGAAGAUGGUACCUAGGCGUAAGAGGAGCGGCGCUCAUGCUCCUUCUGGUGCUGUAUGCGCAUUAUCCGCGACUGUGGACUCUGCUUCGCUUGCUUCUUGCUGAAUCUAUCACCUUCUCCGGAAAUUCUUCAUAUUAAAAGAGAGCAAGUGCUUAGUUACUGUAACCAUUUAACAAAGAAUGAUUUGGAUGUGACUAUGUUAUAGUUGUGGAUAGGCUUAGGGAAGGUAUUACACUUUCAUAUCGGUACUAGUUAGUACUACUAAUCUUAAUCAUAUGCUUCCUUUUCAUUUUCCGCAUAAAAUUAAGUCAUGGAAACAACUCUUUAAUUUUGAUGGAAUUUAAACACGUAGUUUCACUUCAAAUAAAAUUGACUGAGAUUCAAUUUUUAA